UUUUGUGCUGGAGGUGGUGGUGUAUAAAUAGUCAGCUCUCCUUCACACAACAGCAGGAGUGAUCUCACCUCCACUCCUUCACACGCGGAGGCUCCACGCCGGGAUUUUUUUUUUUCAUUUUUUUCUACAUUCUUUAUUUUUUUUUUUGGUAUUAAUAUAAAGUAAGUGAAAGCGGAGGAGAAGGAGAAGAAGAGGAGGCCGCCAUGGAAGAGUUGACGGCGUUCGUGUCCAAGUCGUUCGAGUCGAAGAGCGGCGCGGCGAGCAGCAAGGAGGCCGUCACUUACCGGGAAGUUCUCGAGAGCGGCUUGGCGCGGGCACGCGAGCUGCACAGCCCCGAGCAGGGCGUGCACGACUUCGCCGAGGGCGCGCACUGCCCGCUGCACGUGUUCAAGGAGCACGUGCACGAGCUGGACAAGGACAAGCUCAAGGACUUUAGCGUCACGAGACCCACGGAAGGCAUCUACGAGUGCAGCAAGGACAAGAAGGAGGAGGUGAAGUCCGAGGACGAGGACGCUCAAAGCAAGCUGAAGCAGCGUCGAAGUCGCACCAACUUCACGCUGGAACAACUCAACGAGCUGGAGAGACUCUUCGACGAGACCCACUACCCUGACGCCUUCAUGCGGGAGGAGCUCAGCCAGCGCCUCGGUCUCUCGGAGGCCCGCGUCCAGGUGUGGUUUCAAAACAGAAGAGCAAAAUGUCGGAAACAAGAAAACCAGAUGCACAAAGACAUCUUUCCCUUCUCUCCAGGGGUCAUCCUGGGCAGCGGCAGCCACCUGGACGCCUGCAGGGUGGCGCCCUACGUCAACAUGGGGGCCCUCCGCAUGCCCUUCCAGCAGGUCCAGGCGCAGCUCCAGCUGGACGGCGUCGCCCACUCCCACCCGCACCUGCACCCGCACCUGGCCGCCCACGCCCCCUACCUGAUGUUCCCGCCCCCUCCCUUCGGACUACCAAUCGCCUCGCUGGCCGACUCGGCCUCGGCGGCGGCGGCGGUGGCGGCGGCGGCCAAGAGCAACAGCAAGAACUCCAGCAUCGCCGACCUGCGACUCAAGGCAGGACUUCUGCGGGGCCAGUGGCUCAGUCCACUCCAGGCACAGAUCACACAGACCCGGGGACCGUACAAACACAUGUGGAUGUCCGUCUGA